CACGAUUUCCAUAAAUUUGUUGUCAUAAUGGCUUAGAUUUGCUAGGUAUUUUCUCAAAGGUGCUUUUGAUAGCUUUAGGAGUAUUUUUACACAUUUUAUAUCUUUUUAGGUAGACUUUGGAUAUUUUCAAACCAAAUCAUCAUAGAGGCUACUGAUAGCAUGAAAGAAGACAAGAAUACGAGCAUGUGGGAUCAAACAGGGACUGAUUCAGAGUUCGAACGACGGAGAAAAGGUCCAAACAAGUUGACAAGUCAGAGGAGGCCAAACCCAAAAUCGAAGGCCAAAGCCAAAAUUGAUGGCCCGACCAACUAAAAUAAUCGCUGAUUCAUUAUGCGUAUAUAAAAGACUAAUUUUUUUAGGAGCAAUAAGGAAUCCUGUCCGGGAGACGUCCAGACUUGACCAAAAACCUAAAAUUCGAGUUAUAAGACAAAGAAAUAAGGUUUUCCAGGGGCUCAACCCCAAUUGUUUUGUAUUGGGUACGAGUCUUACCCAAUAGAGAUAUUCUAGUUCUGAAUUGCCUUAGAGUUCUGACUUGGUUUAGGAUAAUCUCCCUCUAAGCUGCCUAUUAAAGAGGGUCUUGUCUGCUUUAAUCGAGAUUCAAGACUUGUUAAUGACUUUUUGCAUUAUGUACGAAGAGUGAAACAAGUUAGGGAAUCAUCGAUAAUUAGUCCGGCUAGUGGCUAAGGGGAAUAAUACCUGAUUGAGUUCCUAAACUGUAAUUGGUUAGGUUAGUAUGUGCUUUUUUGUUAAACUAGUAUACUCUCCUAUAAACAUGUUUAAAUCAUAAAAUGAAGCUCAAUAAUAGUACAUCUAGAAACAUGUGAAUUCUAUAUUUAUUACUUGUUGCCACUACAUUGUGAUCAUGUCUUUGUUACACUUGGAAUUGUUAUUAGUGCAGUUUAGAGUGAUCAGAUUGCCUCCAAGAAUGCUAUGCACGAGGGUUGCCUAUUGUCUCAAUUUGUGGGGAUGCAAAGUUCAUUUUUCACAAAUUUCUAGCUCGAGUCCAAUGGGAGAGUUCAUUUCAAGUCAUAGGUCGUGUUAAUAACAAGGCAGCUCAUUUGGUGGUUCGUAUUGCUCUAUUUUUAUCGUCCGGAUGUUAGUGGGAUUCGACUUAUUUUCUGUCACAAAAGACAAUUUAUAUCGUAUCUAUGCUCGAAAUGAUUGAACUGAAAAAAAAAAAAAAAAAAACAAGCAACAUCUUCAAGCCUAUGCUUUGUUUGGUUUGCUAACAAAGAAAAUGGAAUAUAUAGCUUAACCUUGUAAAUGAAUAAAAAUAAAAAACCAAAACCAACUUAGUAAUCAUGAAGCAAUAAAAAAGCAGUGAUUUUUACUUCAGAACUUAAAUUAGGCGAAGUUACCAGAAAGUAAGCCAUCAUCACAAAUGAAUUGCCCAAACUGUGAUAUGUCAACCUCGAAGUUUCCCACCCACUGUUCUCAGAGUGACAACGACGACAAAAGCAAAAAAAGAGGGCGAAAGGGUUCAUCGUGGACAUCCAAAACUUUAAACACCCAUCAAUUAUCAUUCUCCUCCUUUUCCAUCUGUCCUCCUUCCUCUCAAGUUCCAAACUUUCCCAUAUCCUGGUUUCUUCACUACUGACGUCCUAAGCCCUACUCUUCUCUUUCCUUCGAUUCCAAGUAUUGGAAUCGGUCAUCUUUUCUUGAUCAAAAAGUUCGAACUUUUUCCACGUCUGAUCAUCAUCAUCAGUUGUUUCAGUGAUCAGAGGGUUCCCCCUUCCCCAUGCCAACUCCUUACAAGCUCAGAGCUUAAUAACAUGGGGUGGAUGAAGCAGGACGGCGGUGGAGCGGUGGCGGUGGUGUUGCUUUUAGCGGCGGUGGAUGUUGUCCAUGGAGUUGGGGUGAAUUGGGGGACACAGGCGACUCACCCUUUGCCGCCUGCAACUGUGGUGAGGAUGUUGAAGGACAACGGAAUCCAGAAGGUGAAGCUGUUUGAUACAAACUCAUCUGCACUCAACGCCCUUCGAGGGUCUGGGAUUCAGGUCAUGGUCGGGAUUCCCAAUGAUAUGCUGGAGGCUCUCUCUCGAAGUAAGCAAGCUGCUGAAAACUGGGUUGCAAAGAAUCUCUCUUCCCAUCUCUCCAAUGGCGUCGACAUCAGGUAUGUAGCAGUUGGGAACGAAGCAUUUCUAAAAGCUCUGAAUGGAACUUACAUGGGAUCAACGCUUCCUGCUCUUCAAAACAUCCAGUCAGCCAUAUCCAAAGCCGGGCUAACCAGCCGGGUUAAAGUCACGACCCCACUCAACGCAGACGUUUAUCAGAGCCUUUCAAACCGGCCGUCCGAUGCAGACUUCCGAUCAGACAUCCACGACCUCAUGAUGUCGAUCGUCAAGUUCCUGAGUGACAAUGGAUCCCCCUUCACAGUCAACAUCUACCCGUUCAUAAGUCUCUACUCCGACCCGAGCUUCCCGGUUGAGUUUGCAUUCUUCGACACCAACAGCACUUCCUCCUCUGGUGCUGCUGCUCCUAUUGAUGAUGGAGGGACAAUCUACACCAACGUCUUUGACGCGAACCACGACACCCUUGUUCGCGCCCUGCAGAAAAAUGGGUACGGUAACUUGUCCAUCAUCAUUGGAGAGAUCGGGUGGCCUACUGAUGGAGACCGGAAUGCAAACCUCAACUAUGCUCAGCGGUUCAACCAAGGUUUCAUGACCCGUGUCAAUUCAGGGCAGGGAACUCCAUUGAGGCCAGGACCUGUGGAUGCUUAUCUUUUCAGUCUAGUAGAUGAAGAUGCAAAGAGCAUCGAGCCGGGCAACUUCGAGCGUCACUGGGGGAUGUUUUACUUCGAUGGACAACCGAAGUACCAACUUCAGCUCGGGGCAGCCAAUUCAAAUGGUCUAGUGCCAGCCAAAGGCGUUCAGUAUCUGCCUAAAAAAUGGUGUGUGAUGUCCCAAGGCGCAAGCCUUGAUAACCCGGAAGUUGCACCGAGCGUGAGCUAUGCUUGUGCUAAUGCAGACUGCACGAGCUUGGGGUACGGGACAUCAUGCUCGAAUCUGGACCCGAAGCAGAACAUAUCUUAUGCUUACAAUGACUACUAUCAGCAGAACGACCAGCUGGAAACUGCGUGCAAGUUCCCGAAUGGUCUCUCGACUGUGGUGGCUCAGGACCCUUCAGUUGGAGAAUGCAGGUUCAGGGUAAUGAUACAAAUGGACCCAGAAACGUGGUCAUCCGACUCUGAUUCGACUUACUCGAUCAACCAUGCUCCUCUUGGCUCUGCAAUCUCUAUGUUUGUUGUGUUUGUGCUAAUGUUGAUAUGAGUCUCUUAUUGUACAAAAAGAUACCGUCUAUAGACUCUACUCCUACAUCUUGAUAUCUCUAAGGGAGGCAUCUCCUUAUUCCAAUGUAAUCAAAGUUCUUGAGGGAAGAAUUUGAUAUAUUACCAGGUUAUGGGCAAUUCAAGCGGAAGAUUGACGGCCUUUGGAGAGAAGGAUGGUGGAGUAAAGGUUGAUCACAUCUUGGUACUGGAGAACAGGCCUUGCUUCCGGAGUCCUUUAAGUUAAAGGAAAUGUCCAACUUGGGAGCAGAAAUUGAGAUCUCGUCUCCUGGGUUUCGUCAAUUCAGGAGCGGUAAUCAAUCCCCAAAUCGACGAGAACAUCCACGCUCGUGAUUCCGCGUUCUGCAGCUGGGGAGCGGCGGAGAUCAGCAGACUGCCGCCCUCAUCGCCGGAAUCUAUUGUCAUGACUGAGAGCGUGGUCGGUCUUAGGGUUUGCAGGUGCCGGUGCGGCCGGGGGGAGGGCCAGGCAGGAAUGAGAUGAAUCAUGAAUGGCUUGUCGUUGAAGACGAAGUGAGAAGAGAACGGGGUUCCAUCGCCGGGAGACGGCGGCGGUUUCUGUGUCGUUGGCGAGAGAAAGGAUGUGGUUGAGAACUUCAUCGAGUAGCCUACUGAAUGCGCGUCUGCUUCGGAUUCUUCUGUAAUCCCGGCAGGUUCUUCGUGUCGCGUCGCCAUUUAUUCACUUGUUUUGGGAUUUGGGAUGCGGUGAUCGCAUUUGCUCCAGCCGAACCCGGAGCAGGUGUUUAACUAACGUCAAAGGCAAAAGGGCACGGCUGAAUACAAGCAUACAUUUUUUGCCCAAAUAAAAUCCCCAGAAACAGUAAAGUGGGUUCGUUCGGCCAGCCCGUUGGACUGGUAGUGAUUGACGGCACUAUAGAUGGCAAUGGGUCGGGUUGGGGCGGGUUUUGUCAAACCCAAACCCAUGGGUUUAUCCGCCAAAAAAACUCGGGGUAAAACCCGUUGGGUUUGAAAAGCUCAAACCCAACCCAACCCGCUGGGUAUCCGCGGGUUCAUGGAUACCUGUGGGUUUUUCUAGUAAAAAUUUUACAAUAACAAGUUUGUUUCAAAAUAAAAGUUUAACAUCAGUUUUCUCAUACAAAAAACACCAAUAUAGAGCAUACAAGCAAACCGCAAAUGAUCAAUACAAAUUGUUCAAAAUU